AUGGCGAAUUUGGCCGCGCAAGGAGUGCAUGUAACACCGAUCGGCAGGGCGGUUCGAGGCGUGGGAGAAUGGAUGAUGUCGGCAGGAGGAGGCAGUGUGAUGACGCCGGGCAUGACCGCAUGCCGCAUACUGGUGCCACGAGCGGAGCAGGCGCACGCAACCGGGCUGGCGUCAUGCUCGUCGUCGUGGGGACUGCCAAGGGGGCAAGCGUCGGGAAGUGUGGAGCCACCGAUGGCUAAUUCGGAGAAGGAGGCGGUGCAGCAGCAGCUGUGGAUGCAGCAGCUGGGGCUGAGGGAGCAGAAGGAGGAGGGGAUGAGCGCACGCGAUGGUGGAGCGGACAAGGCCGCGCAGACGGAGGUAUGGGCGGCAGCCAUGGCGGCAGGCGGUCGCGAGCAGGAAGAAGCGGCGGGAGAGCAGGUUGAGGCGGGGCGUGCGUGGCACAGCGACAAGGAGCUCAUGGCGCAGCAGAUGAUGGCGCUGCAAGCUCUUCUCGCCUCCGGUGACUUCUCCGCACUCGCACAGUUUAGAGGCGAGGGCCUUCCGCAGCACACUGGACAGCAGCAGCAGCAGCAGCAGCAGCAGCAGCAGCAGCAGCAGCAGCAGCAGCAGCAGCAGCAGGCAGGCCAGCAGUGUCCAGACGGAAUGAGGCAACAGCAGCCAACUCGGCAUGAGGCCCAGGGUGAUGGCACGCAAGAUGGUCUGUUGGAGGGGUCUGGCGCGCAAGGGUGGGACGAAGAGGGGCCAGUGGGGAGAGGGCUUGUGGCGGCAAUUGUUAGGCAGAGCAGCAUGCAGGUAGGGGCAGAGACACACGCGGCGCAAGCACAAAGGGCGCUGGAGGAGGCAGCGAAACGGAAUGGCGGCGCAUGCAGUGAGGUCGGUGUGAGUGUGCGGGUACAUGAUGAGGUGGGGCCGGGAGAGGGUGGUCCAGGGGACGACGAGAAGGCAGGAGGAGGUGGUAUGGCGGAGGCAAGUGCACGGAAAUGGAGACACGAGAUGAGUAUGAUAAGUUCAAGCUUGAUUGGGCGAGGCAUGGGUGUGGGUGGGAAGGAGAUGAAGGGUCCACGAAGUAUGGGAUUAAGGGACGGGGUAUUUGGAAGCAGCAAAGUGGGAGGAGAGGGAGGAGCGAGCAGCGGCAGUGAUGGGGAUGAUGUGGACGAUGCGUGGGGGCAGGCGGGCACGGAGGAUGGAGCGUUUAUGGAUGGCAUGUCAGGAGGGCAUGGCAUGGUUGCUGCACGCGGCAGCAGUGCGGCAGCAGAGGACACGGAGGUGGCAGGGGCGAACAGCGACGACCUUGCUCUGGAGUGGAGCAGGCGAAUGAGGAGGAUGAAGAGCAACCGCGAGUCGGCCAAGAGGGCACGCAUCAAGCGGCAGCGCCGCCUGCAAGAGCUGGAAGUUCUGACUUCGUCGCUGCAGCGGGAGAAUGCUGAUUUGAGUCAGCAAGUGGUUGCGCUGAGUCAGCAAAUGCAGCAGAGCGAGGCACAGAAGGAGGAGCUUGAGAAGGAGGUGGCAGCGCUGCGCGCAUGUGCCCUGGCCUUGGGCAGUGGAGGAGCGGCUACACCCACCGCACCCGUCACACACAGCACACAGUCUCCACACACGGCCCCUAACCCCUUCACACUGCCCCCAAGCAUGAGUGUGACUGCAGAUGCGGCACAGUAUAAACCUACUGGAGGAGACCGCGCCCGCCAGACCGAGGAAGCCACCACUGCCAUUGGAGGCGCACAGGAUACCCGUGCUGAGGUUGGGGAAGGAGAGGUUUUGGGAGUCGCGUCUGUGGAUGCUGCAGUGCUGGCUGUAUGCAUAGAUAAGGAUUCAGUCACGGACUUCGUGUGA